AGCCAUCUUGUUGGGUGACGAGGAAGGAGUGUUCUUGGAGAUGCGCAAAGGCUGAACCUGGCGAACCAUGGCGGUAAGCACACGAUGCUCACUGUGGGAGUUUGUAUCAAGCAGUGCUCACUGAGUCCAUCGUCUAAGCGAAGCUGUCCAGAAGGGUAUGCGACGCAACAAUGCGAUCGAGCUUGGUCGCCGAGAAGCAGAGAAGUUCGCGUGGAAUGCGCGCUUGCUCUCACGAGCAGAUGCGGCGCCGAGGUGGCUUGAAGCGAACAAUAUGUAUGAGUGACCAAGCGCCUAUGAUAGCAUACUCACGUCCCAACGAAGGUGCAGAAACGUAGAAGCUCCUCGAGUAGCAAUGUAUUAUGUCU